AUGAAGUACUUCCUGACAAGUGCGGCGCUCUGCUGCUGCCUCGCCACCCUGUCGCAGCAGGCGGCCGUUCAACAAAGCACCACCGGCUCCGCGACGACGACGACGACGACGACGACGAGUAAGAGCAGCGACGCGGGAGGCGAUCUGGGCAGAUUUUUCGAUUGCCUCUACGAGGCUGACAGUGUCGCCUGCACGACCAAGAGAAUUGGCCGCGAGCUCGACAGGAUCGAGGCUCAAGUCACCGGCAACAAGCCCAGCGACCCGCCCAUCAGCCGAGUCAUCGAGGAGACGGGCAGUCUGCUCGCCGAGGGCUUGCAGUCCGUUUUACAGAAGGACGAUCCAGCCAAAAGCCAAGAUGAGACCGAAGCUGGUGAAGAAUCUCGCAAAAAGAAAGGAAAAGGCAAGAAAAAGCAUCUGCACAAAGCCAUGAUGGUCGGAAUGAUGGUAAAGGCCAAGCUGAGUCUACUUCUGCAAUUGAUAUCCACACACUUCCAGUUCAAGUUUUACAUGAUCGCCAUCAUAAGCUUAUUGAUUAAUAUGGCGCGUUUCUGGCUCGAUCUGAAAAAAAGCCACAGGCCCUCGAAGGUUAUUUACUACGAGCACGCUCAGCAUCAACACCACUACGAUCACGACGACGAUCACGGAGUUUGGGGCAGAUCAUCGGACGAGUCCCCGCAAGAUAUUGCUUACAAUGCAUACGCGCCCGACCAUUGA